GGCUCGGCGGGGAGCGCCAAGAUGGCUGCGCGGUGGCUCGGCGCGGCGGCAGCGCUGGGCGGCCGGUUCUGUCAUGUGGCACUGAAAGAUCACAGCUGGAGAGCUCAGGAGGCCUUCCACCACCUUGUGCAGAAGAAAGCAUUUCCUUCUCCUGCAGGGUGGCAGAGUGCAGUCAGAAGCAUGUUUAUCCAAACCCAGGACACACCAAAUCCAAACAGCCUGAAGUUUAUCCCAGGGAAGGAAGUGCUGGAGUCCAGGACCAUGGAAUUUGCCACACCAGCUGCAGCCUUCUGCUCACCUUUAGCAAGACAGCUCUUCAGAAUUGAAGGAGUCAAAAGUGUCUUCUUUGGACCAGACUUCAUCACCAUCACCAAGGAGAGUGAAGACCUGGACUGGAACUUGCUGAAGCCAGAUAUUUAUGCCACUAUAAUGGAUUUCUUUGCUUCUGGCUUGCCCAUACUUACUGAGGAGGCACCCAGGACAGACACAGCUGCCUCAGAAGAAGAUGAUGAAGUUGUGCUGAUGAUUAAAGAGCUGCUGGAUACAAGGAUCAGGCCAACAGUGCAAGAGGAUGGUGGAGAUGUUAUUUACAAGGGCUUUGAGGAUGGCAUUGUGCAGCUGAAGCUGCAGGGCUCCUGCACCAGCUGCCCCAGCUCCAUCAUCACCCUGAAGAAUGGCAUCCAGAACAUGCUGCAGUUCUACAUCCCUGAGGUGGAAGGUGUGGAGCAGGUUGUUGACGACGACGACGAUGUGGAGAAGGAAGCAAACCCAACCUGAGCCAAAGGAGCCUGUGGU